GUAUUAAACUUAUUAAAGCUUUGGAAACGUGUUGACGAACGUUUUGCGCGGUCGUGCGUAAUUUAACAAGUGUAGGCGACCAAUUAAAACAAGUCUGGAGUCCAAUUAAACGCGCCCUUUGGCUAACUUUUGUCCCCAACGUGGCUAGUAGCUUGACGCAUGUGCCGGCCAGCCUACAACUUGUUGGUUUGAUGCUGGUUUGACUGUUUGAGGUGCAGCAGAAUUGGAUGUUUCCAGGAUUCAAUGGCGACCUCGGUGGAGUUGUGUACACAGUUCUGUUGUUGAUAUUAGACAUGAGAGUAACACGUGGCUUGGAUGGGACUUACCACGUCAUGAUUGUGGAGGAAACAGCUGGAAGGGCCACAAUAUAAUGGACAUGCUGUAGCUCACAGCGAGGCUCAUUGGGACCAGCUUGGAUCCAGUGGAGUUCCAAAGGUUCCAGUCGCGCUCCGGGCUCCCGCCAUGGACUUCUUUAGUGACCCCACCCUCUUUGUUGGAGGUCUGGACGGGCUGGACGAGGAUGUCUUCCCCUCAGCGCCAUCGCUUGUGGACGAGCUAAACCUCACCGCUGACUUUGAGCCCCUUCAAGUUGAGCCUCUAGACCCGGGGAAGCACCAAGACGUGAUGCCACCAGUUGCCACCCAACAAGCCAUGCCUGCUUACAGUCAGCAGAUGAGUCACUACAUUGGCAUUAAGGCACAGGCCCCUAUGGGGCAGCCUUUUUCUGGUCCUGGGGGCCCAGGUGGUGGUGGCGGAGGUGGUGGCAUGAUUGCAGACCAACAUGGCCAGUACCAUAAUGCUGCCAUAAGCCAAGCACCUCAAUCCAAUGGGCUGUUCUGUAACAGUAGCAGUCCAAUGUGGAGCGACCAAGACCAGAACGGGAAUAUGUACCACCCCUUAUCUCAACAGCAACAACAGCUUUGUCAUCAGCAGCAGCAACAACUGCACAACCAGCAACUUCAUGUCCGACAACAACAAACACAGCAGCAACAACACCACCCGUGUCAUCAACAACAACAGGAGCAGCAGCACAGAAUGCAGCAGCAGCAGCAGCUGCAACAACAGCAAAGCCAUCAGCAACAGCUGUUAAACCAGCGCCAGCACCAACAAAUUAACCCACAGGCUAUGUCCCUGCAGCAACAGCAGCAUCACAACUUCUCCUUCCACCAGGGAGGUCAAUCUCAGAGCCAACAGCAAGGUCACCAUACUCAGCACCAACUUACUGUAGGAGGACCAAGGUUCCAUUCAAGGGUUAUGCCAAGCAAGUCUUAUUUGGAUGGUCAAAAUGCUUCGCUGAGUGGGACUUGCUUGCAGCCACAGCAGCAGCAGCAGGGUAGCUACCAGUUGAGGAGAGGAGAUCAAGCAUUCUCUGGAUCAGGACUGGAAGCCCCUACCCUGCCCUUCCCCAUGCAUUCUUCAUCUAUGGUUCACUCCCUGCCCACAUGCUCAGUCAGUUCUGCUGCUGCUUUCCAAGCUGCUCAGUACCCUGCCUACCCUGGAGAGCCAGAAAUACCCAGUCUCAGUCAGCAGUCUUUGUCCACAGCCUCAGUGUCUAUGCCCACCACCACCACUGCCACUGCACCCCUCACUUCUACAGUGCCUGAGCUCUCGGCGACAGUAUGUCAGUUUCCAUCCGCAGCAGUCAUGAGGACCCCAGUUAGCCAGGAGGAGGAAUGUCCUUUCCGGGCGCUCCGAGAAACACAGGGAAACUGCAAGUCAUCCGAGAUGUUUGGCGAGUCUAUGAACUGCUUCUCCAGCCUGGCCAGCCAGCUGCCCUCUGAGCAGCCUCCGAGCUGCGGGGCCAUCAACACUAAUGGAUACCAAGCGUUGGGAGACAAUCUCCUGCCAUCAGAGGCUCAGGAUGGAGACUUGGAGGACCUGGAUCCUCCUGACCUCCUGCCUGACCUACUGCCGCAGCUGGAGGCUGCUCUCAGCCAACAGGAUGACUCCAACUGCUCCUGGGUCGAUUCCAGUCAAGAGGGGGGAUGUGAGCACAGGAAACCACAACCUGCUGAGUACAAGGAAGAAAAGCCUCGAAAGAACGCUAAUGGUCCCAGCAGCCAGGUCCGGGUCCUCAGCCCCCCAAUGAAGAGCAGCUCAUCGUCCUCCUCCUCUUCCUCAUCGUCUUCAUCCUCAUCCAGCUCUUCGUCGGAGAAGAGGACGCCGCGGAGGACACAUAUUCAGAUGGAGUCAGGGACACUGGACAAGCAGGAGAAGGCCAAUAGGAUAAUAUCAGAGGCCAUUGCUAAGGCCCGACAGCGCGGGGAGAAGAACAUCCCUCGAGUUAUGAGCCCGGAGAGCUUCCCCAGCUCUUCCUCACAGUACAAGCACCGCAAACGCGAGCACAAAGGAAACGGCAAGGCACGGUUUAAAGAGAAGGCCUGUAGGAAGGCCUGCAUCGUACCCUCCUCCAAACCCAAGCAGAAGGCCAAGAUCGGGAAAAUCGUCAUCAAGAUUGGGAAGAAGAAGAAGCGAAAGCCGGAGUCCUCAGAGGAGUCGGAUGAUGACCCUCCCACUCGACGCGCUUCUAAAGAUGACGACUCUAAGAGGCGAUCAAAUCGCCAGGUGAAGAGGAAGAAAUACGCUGAAGAGCUGGAGGCCAGGUUGUCAGAUGAUGAGGUCAAGGUUAUUGUCAAAGCCAAGAAAGCCAACACUGCAGCAACCAAGCAGCCUGCUGUUCAACUCUUUGUAGAGAAUCCCAGUGAAGAGGAUGCUGCUGUUGUUGACAAAAUCAUGUCUUCUCGUAUCCUCAAGAAGGAGGUUUCUCCGGGAGUGGUGGUCGAAGGGGAGGAGUUUUUUGUAAAAUACAAAAACUACUCGUACCUACACUGUGAGUGGGCCACAGAGCAGCAGCUGGUGAAGGACAAGAGGAUUCAGCAGAAGAUCAAACGUUUCAAGAUUAAACAAGCACAGAGGGCACUCUUCUUUGCAGAUAUGGAAGAGGACCCCUUUAACCCGGACUAUGUAGAGGUAGACAGAGUGCUGGAGGUGUCGUAUUGUGAGGACAAAGACACGGGAGAGGAGGUGGUGUACUACCUGGUGAAGUGGUGCUCUCUGCCUUAUGAGGACAGCACCUGGGAGCUGAAGGACGACGUAGAUCAGAGCAAGAUUGAAGAGUUUGAGCAGCUGCAGGCAGUCAAGCCAGACUCGCGGAGGACGGACCGGCCCCCGGCCAAUCUGUGGAAGAAGAGGGAUCAGUCGAGGGAAUACAUGAAUGGCAACAGCCUCAGGGACUACCAGCUAGAGGGGGUCAACUGGCUCCUCUUCAACUGGUACAACAGACGGAACUGCAUCCUGGCAGACGAGAUGGGCCUGGGGAAGACCAUCCAGUCCAUCACAUUCCUAGAGGAGAUCCUUCGCGUGGGCAUUAAAGGGCCAUUCCUCAUCAUCGCUCCGCUCUCCACCAUCGCCAACUGGGAGCGCGAGUUCCGUACUUGGACCCACCUCAAUGUCAUCGUCUACCAUGGAAGCAUGGUCAGCAGGCAGAUGCUCCAGCAGUAUGAGAUGUAUUUCAGGGAUGCACAGGGCCGUGUGAUACGAGGUGCCUACAAGUUCCAGGCUAUUAUCACCACGUUUGAGAUGAUCCUGGGAGGCUGUCCCGUACUCAACGCCAUAGAGUGGCGCUGUGUCAUCAUCGACGAGGCCCACCGCCUGAAGAACAAGAACUGCAAGCUGCUAGAGGGCUUCAAGCUCAUGAACCUGGAGCACAAGGUCCUGUUGACGGGUACUCCUCUCCAGAACACAGUGGAGGAGCUCUUCAGUCUGCUCCACUUCCUGGAGCCGGCACGCUUCCCCUCAGAACACACAUUCAUGCAGGAGUUUGGAGACCUCAAGACUGAGGAGCAGGUACAGAAGCUUCAGGCCAUCCUGAAGCCCAUGAUGCUGCGUCGGUUGAAGGAGGACGUGGAGAAGAAGUUGGCUCCUAAGGAGGAAACCAUCAUCGAGGUCGAGCUCACCAACAUUCAAAAGAAAUACUACCGCGCCAUCCUAGAGAAGAACUUCACCUUCCUGGCUAAAGGAGCUGGCCAACAUAAUAUGCCCAACCUGGUCAACACCAUGAUGGAGUUGAGAAAGUGCUGCAACCACCCCUACCUCAUCAAAGGGGCAGAAGAGAAGAUCCUAGAGGACUUCAGGGAGGUAUAUAGCCCCACUGCCAUGGACUUUCACCUGCAGGCUAUGGUGCAGUCUGCCGGGAAGCUAGUCCUUAUUGACAAACUGCUGCCCAAGAUGAAGGCCGGAGGACACAGGGUGCUCAUCUUCUCCCAAAUGGUGCGCUGCCUGGACAUCUUGGAAGACUACCUCAUUCAGAGAAGGUACUUGUAUGAGAGAAUAGAUGGACGUGUUCGUGGGAACCUACGUCAGGCAGCUAUCGACCGCUUCAGUAAACCCGACUCAGAACGCUUCGUUUUCCUUCUGUGCACAAGAGCCGGCGGCCUGGGAAUAAACCUCACAGCAGCAGACACCUGCAUCAUCUUCGACUCAGACUGGAACCCGCAGAACGACCUGCAGGCCCAGGCUCGCUGCCAUCGAAUCGGUCAGAACAAGGCCGUGAAGGUGUACCGUCUGAUCACCAGGAACUCGUACGAGCGAGAGAUGUUUGAUCGUGCCAGCCUCAAGCUGGGUCUGGACAAAGCAGUGCUGCAGAGCAUGAGUGGCCGAGAUAACAGCCUGGGAGGAGGCGCCCCCGGGGGUGGGGCCGUGCCGCAGCAGCAGCUGUCUAAGAAGGAGAUUGAGGAUCUGUUGCGGCGAGGUGCGUACGGGGCCAUCAUGGACGAGGAGGAUGAAGGGGCCAAAUUCUGUGAGGAGGACAUCGAUCAGAUCCUCCAGCGCAGGACAAAGACCAUCACCAUCGAGUCUGAGGGACGAGGAUCCACCUUUGCUAAGGCCAGUUUUGUGUCGUCCGGAAACCGCACAGACAUCUCUCUGGAUGACCCCAACUUCUGGGACAAAUGGGCCAAAAAGGCCGACGUUGAUAUGGAAAUGGCCAACGGCAGAAACAGCUUGGUUAUUGACACUCCUCGUGUCAGGAAGCAGACGAGGCCGUUCAGCGCCACCAAGGACGAGCUGGCAGAGCUUUCAGAGGGCAACAGCGAAAGUGACGACACCAAACCUAAGCUCAGGCGAAACCACGACCGCCUCAACAGCUAUGGACGCACAGAGUGCUUCAGGGUAGAGAAGAACCUGCUGGUUUAUGGGUGGGGUCGUUGGAAGGAUAUUCUAACCCACGGGCGUUUUAAGAAGCAGCUGACAGAGAGGGACGUGGAGUCCAUCUGCAGGGCCCUGCUGUCUUACUGCCUGGUCCAUUACCGUGGCGAUGACAAAAUCAAAAGCUUCAUGUGGGACCUGAUCGCCCCUACCGAGGACGGACGCGCCAAAGAACUGCAAAAUCACCUCGGUUUGUCUGCUCCAGUCCCUCGGGGCAGAAAGGGUAAAAAGAUGAAGAUCCAGUCCAGCUCUUUUGACAUCCACAAAGCCGAGUGGCUCAGGAAACACAACCCAGAGCACAUGCUUCAGGACGACGGCUACAAGAAACACCUCAAACACCACUGCAACAAGGUGCUGCUCCGGGUCAGAAUGCUCUACUACCUGAAACAAGAGGUGAUAGGAAGCCAGGCCCCGAGGGUGCUAGACGGCGUGGACUCCAGCGAUAUAAAGAUCUGGGUGCCAGACCCCGACCAUUCGGAGCUGCCAGCCUUGUGGUGGGAUGCCAUCGCUGACAAGUGUCUGCUGCUGGGCGUCUAUAAGCAUGGUUAUGAAAAGUACAACACUCUCCGUGCCGACCCUACCCUGUGCUUCCUAGAGCGCGUGGGACGACCAGAUGAGAAGGCCAUCGCCGCCGAACAGAGAGGCAACGAUUUCAUGGAUGGGGAUGUGGAUGACCCAGAGUACAAGCCUGCUCCAGCCCUGCUGAAAGACGAUAUGGAGGAUGACGCCUCCUCUCCUGGAGACUUGGUCGUCACUGACAACGCCGGAGACGCAGUUCCAGUGACAGAAGGUCAGACAACCUACUGGCCGUCACCGUCGGUGCUGACAGCCAGGCUGAGGCGACUGAUCACAGCCUCUCAGCGCUACACCAAGAGCCGGCAGAUCCUCCAGAUCCACCAGACCCAGGCUCCGUCUCCCUCGACCAUGAUACUGUCUCCUCCACUAUGCCCGCUGCCCCCCACACUCAACGACACCCUCAACCCCAAGAUGGUUGCUAAGAUCGAACGGCAACAAAGAUGGACAAGGCGAGAAGAGGCUGACUUCUACCGCGUGGUCUCCACUUUUGGUGUCGUUUUCGACCCGAACCUUGGCCGGUUCGACUGGACCAAGUUCAGGGCCAUGGCUCGGCUGCACAAGAAGACUGACGAGAGCCUGCAGAAAUACCUGUGUGCUUUUACCGCCAUGUGCCGAAGAGUGUGUCGCCUGCCACCAAAGGAGGGAGACUCCGCGGUGGACUCGUCUCUGAACAUCCAGCCCAUCACAGAGGAGCGAGCGUCUCGCACACUCUACAGAGUAGAGUUGCUUCGCCAGGUGAGGGAACAAGUCCUUCGUCAUCAGUUACUCUACGAGCGCCUGCCGUUGUGCCAGAUGAGCUCCGACUUGCCCGUCUGGUGGGAGGCCGGCAACCAUGACCGUGACCUGCUAAUCGGAGCCGCCAAGCACGGCGUCAGCCGCACAGAUUACCACAUUCUGAGAGACCCUGAGCUCAGCUUCAUGGCUGCCCAGCGCAACUACAGCCAAACGAAAGCUGCGCAGCAGCAAUCGCGCACAUCCACCCCGCUCCUACACCCUCAGUGCCAGGCCGCCAGCUCUGUGUUGACUGGCUCUCCGCUACCUCCGCUCGCCCAGAGAGACGCAGAGCCCAGUGGGGUUGUUCCCAAAGUGGAGCCAGCCUCAGAGGGGGAGGAGGGCCGGGAGAAGCAAGUGGAGAGUUGGAGCCCUCCUCGAGCACCAGCUACACCCACGGGUCUAGAGGAGAAGCCUGUGAUUGAUGCGAGGGAAAAAGAGAGGCAGAUGGUGGCGGCACGAACCAAACCUCUCACACCCAACUCCUCUGAGAGGAAACACAAGAAGUCCAGCAAGAAGAGCCGCAGGGAGGCUCGGCGUGGCUCAGAGUCCGACUCAGAUGGCUCCUCCUCAAGCUCUUCAUCACGCUCCUCUUCCUCCUCCUCAUCCUCCUCUUCUUCCUCAUCACAUUCCGGGUCCAGCUCCUCCUCUUCUUCGUCGUCUUGCUCCUCUGGCUCUUCGUCAUCGUCGUCCUCCUCCUCAUCUUCUUCUGAUGACACUGAAAGUGAGGGAGAAGAAGGGAAGAAGAAAGUGGCUGCAGCAACAAGUGUAAAGGGCUUUGAUGAGGACAGCGUGGCGUCUCUGAGCGCGACGCAGGAUGAAACCCAAGACACGCAUGCUGCCGAGAAUGGCAUCAACAACAAUUCCUCACAUCCUUUCCAGGGAGGAGGGUACAUGCUCGCUGCAUCCUACUGGCCAAAGGAUCGCGUGAUCAUCAACCGCCUGGACAGCAUCUGCCAGGCGGUGCUAAAGGGCAAGUGGCCGGGGACGCGUCGUGUCUACGAGCCCGGAGGCGCAGUGGCCUCCUUCUACACCACCAAGCUGCUGGACAACGCCAACAGCCUCUCCGAGGACCCCUCUGCCUCACCACAGGGGUCAAAGGUGACCAAGCAUGUUGCAGAAAACAAGGAAUUCUCAGUAAAACUCAACGAUCAGGAGGGAGGUCUGAAGUUGACCUUCCAGAAACAAGGUCUACCUCUGAAGAGGCCCCUGGAGUCGGAGGAGGGCCCCCAGGCCCAGCAGCAGUACCUGGCCCGGCUUCAUGAGCUGCAGAGCGCCUCGGACACCGGCCUGGCUGACAUGACCAAGCCUCAGUGCAGCUUCCAGACUGUGCCUCCAGGUCUUACAGGUCAGAUGAGGCUGAACGGAGUACUAGAUGGCCAGCCAGUGGUUAAGAGGCGGAGGGGAAGGAGGAAGAACGUGGAGGGGAUGGACCUGCUCUUUAUGAACAGGAGUAGAGUCCCUGCUGUUCCUGAACAGGUGCCUCCAGGGUGGGGCGGUAUCGGCCAGGUGGGCAUGGCUGUGGCCCCUGUGGCAGGCUUCAGCCAGAGCUCCAGUCAGGUCCCCGAAGACACCGACUCCAGGGUCCCUGUCAUCAACCUCAAAGACGGCACCCGGCUCGCUGGGGAUGACGCUCCCAAGAGGAAAGAUAUAGAGCAAUGGCUAGCAGAGCACCCUGGCUUUGUGGCAGACACAGGAGCCUUUAUCCCGGGUGUAAAUAAGAUGCAGAUGCAGUUCCACUUCCAGGACGGUCGGCCCAAGCAGAAGAGGCACCGCUGCAGGAACCCCAACAAGAUUGACGUGAACAGCCUGACCGGAGAGGAAAGGGUCCAGAUCAUCAACAGGAGGAAUGCACGCAAGGUUGGUGGGGCCUUUGCUCCUCCUCUGAAGGAUCUGUGCCGGUUCCUUCAGGAGAACCCCGAGUACGGAGUCCCACCUGAAUGGGCUGAUGUUGUCAAACAGUCGGGUUACCUCCCAGAGAGCAUGUUUGACAGGAUCCUGACGGGACCCAUCGUUCCUGAGGAGGUGAGCCGGCGUGGACGUCGACCUAAGAAUCCUCUGGCUAAGGCGGCAGCGGCGGCGGCGACGGCAGCAGCAGCUGCAUCAGCGCCCAACCCAGCAACCCUGGGCCUGAAUCCGCUGCUGGCCAACGGCCUCCUCUCUGGAAUGGACCUGACCAGCCUGCAGGCCUUCCAGCAAAACCUCCAGAGCUUACAGUCCCUGCAGCUCACCGCUGGCCUGAUGGGGCUGCCGUCCGACGCUAGCAACCUGGCCGCGAGCAACUUAGCUGCCAUGUUUCCCAUGAUGCUGUCUGGUAUGGGCGGAUUGCCAAACCUGCUCGGCAUGAGCAGCUUGCUCGGGAAACCCGCUCUGGAGGGCGCGGGAGGCUUCGAGGAGAAGACAAAGGGAACCUCCAGCAGUGCAGCGGGAGAGCCGUCUGCCUCUAAAGCCCCCUCUCACACCUCAGACACCAAAGGAGAAAGGACAGAGGGGUCGAACACGACUCCUUCCUCUACUUCCAGCUCCACUUCCUCUGCCACCGCCCCACAAAGUGCUUCAGCUGCCUCCGCAGCCUCCAGUCACCCACUGUCUCUUAACCCCUUGUUACUCUCCAGUAUGCUUUACCCAGGGAUGCUUCUCACUCCAGGCCUUAACCUCCCUGUGUCUGCCACACAGCCGCAGAGCUCAAACAGUGACCCCACCCUUCCUCCCGCUCGUCCUCCUCCGCCUGCCGUCGCCCAAUCGUCGCCAGGGGAGAUGGAGCGGCUAGCGGCAGAGAGGGACGGAGAAGAGGACGACGAGGCAUUAGAAGACGAAGAAGAAGACGAAGAGGACUCAGCGGAACAAAAGGAGAACAGUGGUCCUGAAGGUUCGGGGAAAGCUGAGUCAUCUUCAUCAGAGUCUGGGAGUUCUUCUUCAUCAGACGAUUCAGACUCCAGUGAUUAGGACUGAACCUAUGAAUAUAUAAUUAUAAAUUUAUUUAUGUAUCGCCUAGAAAUGUAUACAUAUAUUCACAUAUAUAUGGAUUUUCCAGCACUUAUGUUACGAUUUCUUUACAUGUAAAUACAAGAACUAACUAAAAUGUUGUGUAAUAAAGACUACAAAAACCUUAUAAAAAAAAAAACAGGAAAAACUGACUUAAAAAGAACUGAAAUAAAAUGUCAGUGUUUGUUCACAAGGUACAGUCUUGUUUUGAGACAUUUUGCAUGUCAGACUUUAGUAGAAUUCUGAACUCUGUGAACCACAAUUAUGUACAAUUGCAACAAAAAAACGGCAUUAUUGUAAUUAUGUCAGGAUUUAAUUUUAUUAAAAAAGUGAAACUACAUCAACAUGCUCGUUGAGCUGUACUAUUAAUAUAUUUUGAUUGUCGGGGGUUGGGGGAAAUGACACUUGACAAACACUUUCUCGUGUAAAUAGUCGGUACUUUUACAGGUUCGUUGACACUUAUGCUUUGCAGAUCAUACGUUGGAUAUGUCAGCAAUAACUUGGGCAGCUAAUGAAUGUCACUGAAGCUGUAGAUUCUCUGUCUGCCAUGUUCCACGCCAGUGCAUAAGUCACGCCGCCUCACUUACCUGUCACUAUCACGUUGAGUUCAUUUCUGCGUUAGUUCACAUCAUUUUUGAUUUAACCGAAUUACCUGAAGCUCCUGCUUUAAUAUCUCUUUGAUUAGGGGGGGAAAAAUCUGUGGAAGUAUUAUUUUUCCGGCUUAAAUCUGUCAAAAUGGAUCAUAAGUCAAUUAUCUGCUGUCAUUUCCUUUUAAAGGUUUAAUUUUUCAUAUCUAAUUUUCGAAUCUCCUCAUCACCUUACAAACAUGUCUCAACAUGUCCAAGGCGCACUUUAGCUACUCACAGUCGGCAUACACGUUCGCUUGCACAUCUGUUGAUUUUAACUACAGUGUCAGAGUCUAAUAAACUCCUUUAGCUGUGGGGGUGGGGGACAGAAAACAACCUUUAACUGUGUGCCAAAAACUGCCCUUUGACCCUUGGAGGUCCUGAUUUGUGGUCUCUGCGUAGAAGAGGAAUUCAGGAUUAUAGAUGACAUGGAUAUUAUUACCCCGGCAUAUUUGACUGCAUCUUACCUCAACCGUGCUAGAUGGAUUGGCUUCACUGUGCAGAUGUACAUGUGCAUGGGUGUGUUUUCUUGCUGUCCAUGUACGUUAUGUCCUUGUUUCUGCUGGAAUGUGUGCGUCAGAGGCCACAUUUUUUUAAUGAGAGCUUCCACUGUGUUGUUUUCUUUGGCUGGACUCCUCUCACCUGGUAUCUCCUGCUUCCAGAACUUUCCAGUCUGAAUGUUGUGUAUUAAGGAGGGGGCCUUGCAAAGCUACGACCAGUAGAAAACUAAAGUGUUGUUGACCUUCAAACACAUCUCAUUAGGAGGAAAUUACAGUCCUUUUGGAUUCUGUGUUGCAUGACCGCCUGUCUACCAAAGUCUUACACGGCACAAGCACAAAAUAGUUCGAAUCCUCGCUAAGAUUGUAGUCUUUGAUUGAGUAUUACAUUGUACGCAGUGCCAGACGGGUUUUGCUUCAGGAAGGGCUAAAUAAUAGCAGCUUGUGUCGCUGGGAGUUUGGUUGUGUGUAUUUCACGUUGUCUCGACUCUGUUCUGCUGUUGAAUGGAGCUUCGGCUAGAUGUAGAAGUGCCCUUAUCCUGUACCUCACGCUCUCAUUCGAUUCUGUCUGACAACCAAUAUUUCUGCUCCGUGUCCACGCUUUGUGCUUUUUGUUGUCAUCGUCCCCGCACAUGCUCAGCCGUAACCGGGAUACACGUAAACACUGGAGUUCACUCAAGUACCUUUUUGUAAUUCUCUCUCUGGCGCAAAACAGUGCUCGCUCUAGGACUGCUGUUACACAGCGGACUGUUAGAUACACGUCUCAAAAGUUCUUAUAUCUGAGGUGAGGCUUUUGUUUGGACUGGGUACAACAGAGCCCCGCUGAGUCAACUCAGUCUGUUUAGUUCUCAAGUAUUGCUGUAGCAUUGUUCUGUAGUGGCUGAAACCACGAGCGGCCCCGCGGUCCGAACACAAAGACUGAAGACUCGUAUUGAUUUCUAAAUAAUGUUGCUUUAAAGUGAUUUCCUUGUAUGCCUGUCAUGUAUAGACCUCGUCAUGGGUUUUUUGCUUGCAAUGCAAAUCGCAUUUUUUCUUUUUAUAUUAUUACUAACAGUACGAGUAUUUUUCUAUGUCUGAGCAAUGGACUUAAACAUGCCACUGUCAUUUUGUAUAUCUGCACCUCUGCUCUCUUUAAACUCGUAGUGCCCUUAUGCAAACACCCAGCCAUUGCUACUUCUGCUGUAGGUGAUUGAUCUAACGACACAGCGAUGGGUUGAUGGAUUGAUGACUGUGCUGAGCCUCUUUAGGACACAAAAAGUGGUAGACAUAAGAUUGGACUUUUUGCUUUCAUUUUGUCUUUUAAGUUGUUGUUUUUUUUUCUAGGUUGUACUGUACAAGGACUCCCAAAGCACUGCUAGUGCUAGAGAGGCAGUGUUGAAUCUGCGUUAAAUACAAGUUAAACGAUGACCAAUAUGCAAGAGGAAUGACAAAACACUACUGCUGUACAGGGAGGGUUUUUCUUUUUCAUCCAUGUAAUCACUGAGAUGACAAAGCUAGCAUCACUGGUUUUGUAUUUUGAUUUUCAAGCUUGAUAAUAUCCUAAAUGUCACCCUGGUCAGUUGUUGUCUUUUUUUCUUUAUUUUUUUCAUUGGACAGUUGUAAUAUUUGCAAGUUGUGGUCUGUGUAGUCAAAAUAAUUCUUUAUGUAGUGCAGGAAAAACACGUCUUAAAAGUCAUUUGUAAUUUAUUGGAUUACUUUCUAUGAAGUUCUAUAGAGGAAAUUGAGGUUUAAUUAUUUUUAUUAAACAUAUUCUUCUGACUAUCAA